UACGCAUCCUCUCCGCAUUUGCAUUUCGACCCUCGUUCUUCUUGUCGUAAGCGAAUCACUCCACUUCGCUCUCCUCGUCUCCGAUGUAGGGAAACCCUAGCCAUGGCCGAGGAGACCCAAGAGGUCCACGACGAUCGCGGCGCCGCGGCGACGCUCUCUCGAGCGCCCCUGAACGCCUCCACCAGCCGCCUCAACGCCGCCGCGCCGGCGUUCGUCCCCCGCUCCGCCGCCGCCGCCGCCGCCGCGGCGCCGCGCCACCGCGCCGCCAAGAUCCACCGCGCCCUCGAGCUGCCUCUGGCGCCGCCGCAUGCGGCCGCGAUCCAAGCUUUUCCGGUGGCGGCGCCGCCACUGGGGCGUGCGAUUCUUGUUCCGGUUCCGAACCACGGGGCGUUCGAGUACUACGAUGAGGAGUUCGAGGUCGCCGCCCGUGUGGCGGCGGAGCCGAGCACCGCUCCGCCCCCCGAGGAAGGGCUCCCGGAGGCGGUGAUCCGAAAGAUCAAGAAACAGGUAGAAUAUUACUUCAGUGAUGCAAAUUUGGCUACAACCGAAAUUUUGAUGAGGUUCAUCAGUAAAGAUCCUGAGGGAUUUGUACCUAUAUCAGUAGUUGCAUCGUUUAAGAAGAUUAGGGCCUUGGUCCACGAUAAUUCUUUGCUUGCUGCUGCUUUAAGUACAUCAACACAACUGCAUGUCAGUGAUGAUGGAAAGAAAGUUAGACGCAAAAAACCUUUCACUGAGGCAGAUCUUGAAGAAGUGCAGUCGCGUAUCAUCUUUGCUGAAAAUUUACCGGAAAAUCAUUGUUACCAAAACCUUAUGAGAGUGUUCUCAGCUGUUGGGAGUGUGAAAUCGAUUCGUACUUGUUAUCCACAAAACUCGGAUGGUACAACUGCUGCAGUAAAUAGGUCAUCAAAGAAUGAUAUGGUACUUUGUAACAAGGUGCACGCAUUUGUGGAGUAUGAGACUGUUGAAGAUGCCAAAAUAGCAGUUAACAAGCUUAAUGGUGAGACGAACUGGCGGAAUGGACUAAGAGUUCGUCCGCUGCUUGAUUGCAUGAAACAUGGAACAGGACGAGGAAGAAAAGAUGGACAUGAAGGUGAUGGUGCGAGAGAUGGAGAUUUUAUUAACACAAUUAACCAACCAAAAGAGAAACAAGCAGACGAUGAAGCACAUUUUGAGCAUCAUGAUGAGGAGAAUUUUGUUGACAAAGAAGGUGGAACGAGGCGAGGGAGGGGGCAGGACCGAGGAGGGAAGUGUCGAGGGAAGGGACAGCACCACCACUACUCCACAAACCGUAACAUCGGCCAUGCUGUCGGGACCCCUCCUUUGACCCAUCCAAUGCACCCCGAGCACCCGACGGCGGCGACAAAGCAGCCUCCUGGGCCCCGAAUGCCUGAUGGCACCCGGGGAUUCACCUUUGGCCGCGGGAAACCAAUAACUAAUCCGAUCAGUUCGAGUUGACCGAUUCCUCAAAAUGUCGAUCCAUUUUGUUGUAAUUGAUCGUAUUUUGGGGCAAUUGGUGGAAAAAAGGGGUUUACUAGAUCAAAUGUCAUCAUAGAACUGGGAUUUGAGGGUUCAUCACAGAACUGGUAUUUGAGAGUUGGAAGUCCCGGAUUUCACUGAUUGUAACCCCAUCUAGGAUGGUGUUUUUUUUUUGUGUGCGUGCGCGUGUACGCGCACGCGCUUGUUCUUUGUCUUUUGUAAUAAUUGAGAGAGUCAUGUAAAGAUAGAACAAAAAGGAGGAAAGAGAGAGCAGAAAGCCGGUCAAUGCAUAGUGACACAACAAUAAUCUUCUCUCACACUUCAUACUUUGGUAUAUGGUGAAUUCAAAGUUCUUCACUUUCCAUCCUUUAA